GAGUUCAUAAACCCUACUUUCUUCCUCUUCCUCAGUCGAAUAGUUGAGGAAUACUACAGAAAACAAUGUCUCUGAGCUAAACCAUGAAGCUCAUUCUAUUUCCUUUGAAAUUUUUCCUGAAAAUGUUCUGUUCUCUUCGCAAUUUUCUUCACGUUAAUCGCCGAUUCCCUCGCCAUGUAAGCCCUUGUUCCUCUUCCCUCUCUCAAAUUCAAUCACCUCUCUGUUUCCCUCUAUGUUCUCCCUCUCAAUCUUCCUUUGUCUCGUGCCCCUUCGUUUGGUUCACUAGCUUUCUCUGUAUCAUCCGUUACCCUUUCGUUAGCAAAAGCGGUCCUUCUACUCAUUCCGAAGAUUUCGAUAGAGACUGGAUCCGUAAAGUUGUUCAGAAUAAUCUAUGGGAUGAUCCUAGAAUCGAAAAGCUUUUUGAUUUGACAUUGGCUCCGAUUUGGGUUCCAAGGGCUCUCGUUGAAUUGAAAGAAGACCCUAAAUUAGCUCUCAAAUUCUUCAAAUGGUCUAUGACUCGUAAUGGGUUUAAGCACUCCAUGGAAUCUUAUUGUAUAGUAGCUCACAUUCUGUUUUGUGCUAGAAUGUAUUAUGAUGCUAAUAGUAUCCUUAAAGAGAUGGUUUUGUCAAAGGCGGACUGCGAUGUUUUCGAUGUUCUAUGGUCGACAAGGAAUGUGUGUGUGCCUGGUUUUGGAGUGUUUGAUGCUUUGUUUAGUGUUUUGAUUGAUCUAGGAAUGGUUGAGGAAGCUAUUCAGUGUUUCUCUAAGAUGAAGAGAUUCAGGGUUUUCCCGAAAACUCGGUCUUGCAACGGUUUAUUGCAUAAGUUUGCGAAAUUGGGGAAGACGGAUGGGGUGAAGAGAUUUUUUAAAGAUAUGAUUGGUGCUGGUGCGAAACCGACUGUGUUUACUUACAAUAUAAUGAUAGAUUGUAUGUGUAAAGAAGGAGAUGUAGAAGCUGCUAGAGGCUUGUUUGAAGAAAUGAAGUUUAGAGGUUUGAUUCCAGACACUGUUACUUAUAAUUCUAUGAUUGAUGGUUUUGGGAAGGUUGGUCGAUUAGAUGAUACGGUUUGCUUUUUUGAGGAGAUGAAGGAUAUGUGCUGCGAGCCUGAUGUUAUAACAUACAAUGCGUUGAUCAAUUGUUUCUGUAAAUUUGGGAAAUUGCCUAAAGGUUUGGAGUUUUUUAGGGAGAUGAAGCGAAAUGGGUUGAAACCGAAUGUUGUGAGUUACAGCACUUUGGUUGAUGCGUUUUGUAAGGAGGGUAUGAUGCAACAAGCCAUCAAGUUUUAUGUUGACAUGAGAAGAGUUGGUCUUGUGCCUAAUGAGUAUACAUAUACUUCCCUCAUUGAUGCCUAUUGUAAAAUUGGUAAUCUCUCAGAUGCUUUUAGGUUAGCUAAUGAGAUGUUGCAAGUGGGUGUAGAAUGGAAUGUGGUCACUUACACUGCGCUUAUUGAUGGCCUUUGUGGUGUGGAGAGAAUGAAAGAAGCUGAAGAACUUUUUGGAAAAAUGGAUAGCAGCGAUGUGAUUCCAAAUCUAAUGGAUGCUUACUUUAAGUGGGAAAACCCCACUGAGGGAUUGCAUCUACUGGACGAGAUGGUAGAACUUGAUAUCAAGGUCACAGUGGUUACCUUUUGCGUUUUGAUUGAUGGAUUGUGCAAAAAUAAGUUAGUUUCUAAGGCAAUUGAUUAUUUCGGGAGGAUAAGUAAUGAUUUUGGUCUACAAGCUAAUGCAGCCAUAUACACAGCAAUGAUUGAUGGUCUCUGUAAAGGUAAUCAAGUUGAGGCUGCAACAACUCUCUUUGAACAAAUGGCUCAAAAGGGUCUAGUUCCAGACAGAACGGCAUACACAUCGUUAAUGGAUGGGAACUUUAAGCAAGGGAAUGUGCUAGAGGCUUUGGCUUUACGAGACAAAAUGGUUGAGACUGGUAUGAAGCUUGAUUUGCUUGCUUACACUUCAUUAGUCUGGGGAUUAUCGCACUGCAAUCAGUUGCAGAAAGCGAGAUCCUUCCUGGAGGAAAUGAUCGGAGAAGGAAUACACCCUGACGAGGUUUUGUGUAUUAGUGUCUUGAAGAAACACUAUGAGCUUGGAUGUAUAAACGAAGCUGUAGAGUUGCAGAGUUAUCUGAUGAAGCAUCAACUUUUGACCAGUGACAACGAUAAUGCACUCCCAAACAUGUGAAACUCGAAAGAUGCAAUCUUUUUGCGCUUAUCAACGGAUUCAGAUAUUUGGAUCCAAACCCUUGUUUCUUCUGGAGUACAUGAAGAACAAGAAACCAAAAUCUGGAAUCUUCCGCGUAAGUGUUCUCCUGAGAAUCUGUAAGCUUAUUAUUGCAGCUGCAGUUUCCCUGUUUGGUUCGGGACUAAUCCGAGGAGAAGCUUAUCGAUGAAUACAUUGUUCAUCAACAAGAGCUGAGACUUUGAGCUCUGAUGGGUUGGAAAAGAUGAGAAAGGAGUGAAGAUUAUGAAGUUAAUUUGCUUACACAUGGGUUUUAAGGGUUCUUCAUUGUUGUUUUGUAUUGUUGCAUUGAGGAACCAAUCAAAGUCCCUAAUUUUUGAUGUGUUGUACAUAUUUUUCUCCCAAAAUGUAAUUUUCUACUACUGAUGAUUGAAUAAUUAGUUUUGAACAAAAAUAUUUUUUUCACAAUGCA